AACGGCAGUCUAUCAUUCGCACUGCGCUAUUCUAUGUUAUUAGGAAUGAAAAUCUGUGAGAUUUAGUGAGAUCCGUCAGUGUCACGUUCGUGAGACAUGAGAAAUGUUGAAAAGUCUCACGGAUAAAAUGUGAGUUGACAGCUAUAACUUCAGGAGAUGUUGAAGUCAUUGCGAACUCUCUUCUGGCCCAAGACUGUGUUGACGAGGUCCAGCUCCAGUUAUGUAGCAAGAAUAAGGUACCUGAUGAGGCUGAAGGAGGAUGACGAGGCGUGUCUGGAGGCCAUGCGCUCGGGGAGUCUGCUGCUCUACCACACCCUGGCCCCUCUGCUGCAGAAGUCCCCCAGCGGCCUCUUCCAGCUGCCGGCCAUCAACACCAGCGAUUUUAAAGGAAUACUUGACAAACUUGGGAAGAACCGGGCCCUUGUGAAUGAGUCGGUUCUUAUUGGCUGCACUGAAGAGGAUGUGGCCCAGUUCUCUCUUGAUGUUGGGGCCCUGGACAAGUCUGAGAUGGAGAGGUUAUGUGGAGGAGUGUUCAUAGACCUGAGGAAGGCUUUCUUCCUCCUCCGAGGUACAGAGGCCCCACUGGUGGCUCGGGGCCAGGCGCUGCUGCGUUGGCACCAGACCCACGGCUUCUGCAGUGCCAGUGGGCACCCCUCCUUCAGGAACCAGUCGGGCAGCCAACGGGUGUGCCACAGCAGCGGGCACACCUACUACCCAAAGAUGUCGCCAGUGGUGAUCGCUCUAGUAUCUGAUGGCAGCAGGUGUCUGCUAGGGAGGCAGGCCACCUUCCCCAGAGGCAUGUACAGCGCACUGGCAGGAUUCUGCGACAUGGGUGAGACUAUAGAGGAGACUUUAAGAAGAGAGAUCGCUGAAGAGGUGGGGUUGGAGCUGGAGUCCCUGCGAGUCGCCGGCUCUCAGCACUGGCCUUUUCCACAGAGCUCCUUCAUGGUGGCCUGCCACGCUACCGUCGCCCCCAGCAACACUCAGGUGAGUGUGGACCUUGAGGAGCUGGAGGAUGCGCGCUGGUUCACGCUGCAGGAGGUGCAGGAGGCACUGCGUCUGAAGAAGCCCCCCCGCAACCCCGAGGGGGAGACGCCCACCCUCUGGCUGCCCCCCCGCUAUGCCAUCGCACACCAGCUGGUGCGGGAGUGGGUGCAGCAGCAGAUUGGUGCACACGAGUGAUACGCAGACACACACACACACACACACACACACACACACGCGCUACAAUAGAGAAACUACAAAAAACAAUGCACUGGAGCUGACAAUACAGAGCUGAAAACAUUUUCACUAAUUACAACAUUCACUCAAGACACACACACACAUGCAGACACACACACACACACACACACACACACACACACACACACAAACUGGCAGACCCAGUCCAAUCCCGGCUCAGCACCACGGACAUGUUCACUCAGCACUCACACAACCAUACACAGACCAGCAGACGGGCCUUUCACUCAGCACUCACACAACCAUACACAGAGCAGCAGACGGGCCUUUCACUCAGCACUCACACAACCAUACACAGAGCAGCAGACGGGCCUUUCACUCAGCACUCACACAACCACUACACAGAGCAGCAGACGGGCCUUAGUCUGAUUCACGUGAACCUUAAGGCCUACAUAGCCUACCUAUAGCCUACAUAGCUGAAGUACUGGAGCCCAGUAGCAGAACAAUAGACUGCCAAUAGAAUGUCAUAAAUGAAACCAGCUUCAUCCGUAACUGUAGAGACGCCACCACAGACUGGAACUCCUUGAGCCGGAUGACACACAACAACAGUGUUUUCAGUGAGUGGACCAGACGUCCUGAACAGGCUGCGGAUUACCUUCUGCUCCAGAGAGUGUGUUGGUCAGGCUGUGCUCUUCUGGCUGAAGUGAGGAACAUUUGGAUGCAGGUUCUGCUGUGGACCCACUGGUUGUCUGAAUGUGCUGAUCUUCUUCUGUACGGAUGCCGAUGCAGGCAUGAUCAUCACAUGCCAGUACCUUCACUUCACUUCACGGUGUGGGUUUAAUUGAGUUCAAGCUCAACGAGUGCAAAAAGCUACCUGUUUUUGGUGGAGGGGAUCAUUUGUCAAUGAAAUACAAACCAUUGUGUGAGAAAAUUAUACAUUUUAUCAGUGUACUCUCUAAGGGUUACCUUAACCACAAACUUGAAUGCAUCACAGGUUGUGCCAGUAAUUCCGUUAAAUUCUAUUUUAUUUAUAUAGCGCCAAAACAAUACAAUUGUGUUAAGGCGCUUUACAGAGCCCAGGGCCUGCACCCCCUGCCAGCCGCCACUGAGAUCAGGGAUUGUCUCUUCUCAAGCCGUCACUGAGAUGAUCAGGGAUGUCUCUUCUCAAGCCUUAAACGGACUACAGGCCUCAUACUGGGGCAAACAUUGUGAACUAAUAUUGUGUCGAAUGGAACACGCUAAAUGUACUGAAGUUUCUGUCAGGUGCUGAUUUUGUACUGCAUCCUCCUCAUGCCGUGGCCUUCCUCUUGGAGUGAUGCACUGUAAGAGUGUUCUACCUCUCACCACCUGAACCUGGAAGUUACGUUUUAAUUAAACAGGAUGUGUUUAAGAUG